AUGAAGUCUGAAAAUAAGCUAACUAAUGAAAACCACGGAGUAUGCCCCAAUGUAAUCAAACUCAAUAUCAAGCCUCCUAUACAAAAUGUAUUAGGCCAAUAUAAUAGAUUUUCAAACUCAUCUGACAGUGUAUUACCGAAAUCUCAACAAUCAACUCGAUCAUUUGUGCUAACUCCAAGGGCUCCAGAUGAACCCUAUGCAACAUCAAGUUCCUUUUAUCGAAAAAAAUCAAUAGUCACUGUGAAUAUCCCAUCUUUAGUUGCAGAGCCAGACAGCCAAAACUCAACCCGAAGUCACCGUGAAAUCCGAUUACAAUUAGCUUGAUAUUUAAAGUCUCUGGCUGCCGCAGCGCUAAAAUGCCCUUUUGGGCCAAACUAAUUCGCUAACGGAUCCAUACCUAAACAAAUGCCAACCCCGGCUGAGCCAUCUACCCAAGACUGGUUGCCUUGCCUCGCCUUUUACUGACUCAGCUCCUGCACGUGCUCAGCUAAAGGUUCCUUCCUUAGUGUGCUAUAUGGAGAAACCCUUAGUCCUCUUCUUGCCUUCAGACCAGUUACUCUGACUCUAUUCAAUCAAAGAUAAACCGCUGCUGCUGUGCAAAAGCUUUAGUAAAAGCCAAAUCCCAUAAAUAAAAUUUCAUAAGGGAGGCAGUAAGCAGAGCUAAUUUCUCUCGAGCUGAAUGCUAUUUUAUUUAAGCCACCAUGAAAUCCAAACUGAAACCUUCGAUGUAAGCACUCAAAACAGUGAAAGUUCUCUAAAAACCUAUAAAAAGCAUCACUCCCUGAGUGGCAGAAAAUUUUCUAUUGCCCAGCCAUCCAUAAUUAAAUUGCAAUUUCCGAAAAGACUUAAAAUAAAUGACAGUAAAAAGAAGUUUCGCCCACCAUUAAGUCUAAGAAGCAUUCAAAAAGAAAAUGCUGAAAUUCUUAUAGAGCAGAAAAGGUCAAGAAAAAUGUUAACUCCCACUUCUGUGACCAAAAAACGAUUGGAAAAUUCACAAUCCUCAGUGAGAGAAAAAAAAAUUAAUAUAAAAAAUUUUUGAUAUAUAAGUAAUAAUUGUUAUAAUAAAAUCUCUUACUAAUUCCGCAUUUUAAAACAUAAAUUUUAUAAUUAAAUUAUCAUUUCUUUCCAAUUUUUGAGAAUUAAACUUGAAAAAAAAUUAAUAUAUUAAUUUUUUGAACAAACUUUUUUUGUUCGAAGUAAGAGAUUUCGUUAAUGUAACGUUAGAAGAAAAAAGAAAAUUAUAUGAAAAAAAUUUGAGGUCAAAUAGAUCUCUUUCCAUGAAUAACGAUGAUUUUGGAAUGAACUCAUCUCAAAGCAAACCGUCAGUUUUUAAGCCAGAUGCAUUUUUAGGUCCGAACAAUGAUAAAAUAUUGAAUAGGAUUUUGGGAAAAAUCAAAGCACAAAUUGUCCCACUUAAUCACAAGCAUAUAAAAUCAAUUAAUUAA